AUGGCAGCGCAGGACUCCUCCUCGGUCCAUCUCUCCAACGUGUUUUCCACGUCCAUGUCACCGCCAGUACCGCCGCCGACCCCAAUGUCGACCUCGACAGCGCUCUCGAAGUCUCCACGGGAGUCGAAGGCGAGCUCUCCGAUCCUGUUACCUCGCUCCAAGUGCUCUGAAGACACGUUGCCCCUCGCGGUGUUUUAUGGACCGCUGGACGCUAAAAACCCGCUCCUGGCCUCCUUCGAGAAGGAGAUCCGGGAGUUGCUAGGCUUUAUGAAGAGAAAGAAUACUUUAGCUACUACGGAGGACCAGGUGCAUGAAUUCCAUCGGCGUUGUGCCACCUCUUUGUUUAAUAUCUGGACCAAAUACGCCCCCCGGCUGCCGGCUGCCUAUUACAAUGAAAAGCUUCUGAAGGUUGGAGAUAGCCUUUGCCAAAUGAAAGUAAGUACCAUUUACAUUUACACUAUUUGCAGAAAACUGAUGAUCAUAGGUCAGUCUUCAAAGGCUUUAGAAUACCUCCUGUGGGCCAGCAUGUGUAUGGAGUCCUCAGUCCCACUCCUGUCUGUCAGAUACUUGACGUGGAGAGCCACUCUCUACACUGCUGUUUGCCAGUGCUACUAUGACUGCCAAGUUGGCAUUCACGGGGAGUCAUUUGCUCGGCGUGCUUUAGCUAAAAUUGAUGAGCUGAGACAACUGGAAUUAAUGAGUUCCUCACAACCACAGGAAGAAUCUAGAAGAUGUUAUAGAGAGGCCACAAUAAAGAUGGCAGUGAUGAUCUUCAAAAGAGGAGUAUUUGAAUCUAGAAGAAAAAAUAAAGCUUUCUUUAGACCAAAGCAAAGAGUUAACCUAAGAGAAGCACAAACUUUGCCGUGGCCACGUACAAUCACUGAACGGUUGUUGGAUGAGAUGUUUGAUAGCACUGCAUCCCGGUUUCUGGCUGUUUUGGAAGCUCUUUCUGAUUCAAACAGGCGAAUAUUGCAAACAGGACCUGUUGUUACAGAUGAAGUAGAGCUUCGUGAUGUCGCCUCAGAACUAUUUAUAGCAGGAAAAGAACUUUUAAUAGUUUCAAAUGCUGGCACAGAUGGAAUGCUUGGGUUUUCAAAACCAUCUCUUCUGGAACAUGCUAUAGAAAGAAAAAGUGCUAUUUCUCUUGAUGCUGCUAUGAAAUUUAUAAAAUUAGCUUUUAACUAUGAGGAAUGGAGUUUAUUUGAAUCAUCAGCUGCACAAUUUAUUUAUUUUCUCCAGAAGCAGAAUUGUCCAGAGUCAAAGAAAGCAGAGAUGGAUUUAACUCUUCUUCUUGCAAUAGAACCUCUAAUCAAUGUAAAGAGAAACAAAGGUUUGGUCUUUCCUUUGGAAAACUUCAAAGAAGGACAAUGUGUUCAAGCUCAUGUUAGAAAAAUUGCUCUUCAGGACUCUUGUAUGAAAACUGGAUAUUCAGAAGAUAUUUUCCAGUUGGCAGCAACCUUAUAUUCCUGUGUCUGCUCUUCUCCCCAGAAUGUUCAGCCUGAUAAAGAAAUCGUUGUGGACAUGAUAAUGUUCCUGUGGCAGAGAUGCAAAUUAGGAAUUCAGCGGAUCAAUACGUCCAAAAGUGACUAUGCAAAAUUCACCCAGAAAAUCAGUACUAACAAAUGGAUUUAUCUUUUGUGGCAGAUAAAUGAAAUAAUUCAUUGCUGUAAAAUGGAGGACAUCGACAUUGUGGUGGUCGCAGAGGUCACAUUACGAUUAAGUGAAAUAUUGGAGUGUUUAGGAAACCCAACAAGAAAAUUUAAAAAAUCUCUAGUUUUGCAGACUCCAACUGUUAGCAAAAACGUUUCUACCAAAGGCUCUGAAAAGUCAAAACAAUCUGGAAGCACGGAUUGUUUUACAGAAUUAAGUGUAAUGAAUAAAAUAAAGAAGAAUAAACUAUCCAAAGCAAUUUACUUGAUGCAUAAAGCUCUUUUAAUAUUUGAGAAAGAUGCAACGUCUUCAUCUUCACAUGACUUUUUGAUGGAAGCAUAUUCUUUAAUUGAGAAGACUGAAGCAGAACAAAAUGCUCUAUAUUUAUAUCAGAAAGACUUGGAAAACUUGAAAAGAAAGAAAAGCAGAAUCCCUCCUCCACCUAUCCUGCUGUCGCGAACUCAUUGUUCGGUGACGUUCAAACCUGCUCCGUUUAUUUCAGAUGUCAAGACAACUGGAGAUUUAUUUUCUCAAGAUGAUACAAUGAAGAUUUUUGGCAACAAGGGUUCAGCCAGUACAUGGGACAUAUCAGACUUCAUCAACAUUAAGAAUAUUUUCUUAUCACAAAACACCAAUAAGAAAAUCCCAGCUGAUGGUCAAAGCAUUUUUGAAGUGAAAGGUUUAGAAACCAAUGAAAAAUACAUAUUUGCAAUUGCUGCUUAUUCUUCAAAUGGGAAGCUUAUUGGUGAUGCUAUUGGGGAGACAACUAAGCCAAUUCUGGUUUAUCCACCUCUCUCUGCUCUUACUGCUCGGACAUUACUGACACAGGUUGCUUAUCAGAUGGGUAACUAUGAGUUGGCUAAGAGAGUUUUUUCACCAGUUUGGGACUAUUUUGUUGUUUCACCACUUCAGGAUGACCAGUCUGUUAUCAGUUUGAGCAAUAUAAUGACUAUCACACAGAGAAGAUUAUAUUCAGACAUUCUGGCAGAGACAUCAUCAAUCCUUUUAUACCUUUUUCUUAGAAAUAUUUUUGUAACAAGUGACAUUAAAAUCAAAGAAGAAAACCUCUUCUGUGAUAAUAUUAAAGGCAAUGAGAUCUUCCCCUCUCAACAAAUUGCUAGACUGAUUGAAUGUGAGAGAAUAUUAGUGGCAUUGGAACUUAGCAACUUUUUAAAUGAUUCCAGUUAUGCCCUUCAAGCUGUGACCCAAUGUUAUGGCCUCCUUGCUCCUAUCAUCUAUCACAAUAUUGUUUUGGUACCUGUUGUACAGAAACAGCAGAGGAAUGAGUCCCUACUUGGAGUUAAAAAAAUGAAAAUUAAGGACAAUACUUUGUGUAAAAAGUCAAGCAAAUCUGUUAAGAAAUUCAAAGCUGUGGUAAUAGAGAUUGGAAAAGUUACAGAUGUGGCACCAAGAAAAAAACAUAAAAGAAGGGAAACUCUGAGAGAAUUUUUUUCCAAAAAUCCAAAUAUUUCUGAAAUGUCAGAACAGGACAGAAAUAAGAGACCUGAUGUUAGAAAAGUAGCCUAUCGAUUCCUUGUGGAUAGUAUGAACCCUCUAAUAUUAAAUUAUGUUAAAAGAAAGAGGUUCCAUCAAAUAUUUCUUGAGGAGAUGCCCUGGAGAUCUCAGAUGAACCUGUAUCUGGCAAAUGCACACUUCAACAUGCUUUUACUAAAGCUAGGGGAGCGUACGAAGAUGAAAUUUGGUACUUCACAGGCCAUGGUCAGGAAGGCUUUCGUGGCUAAGAAGAAGGAACAGUUUUAUAGAGAGGGGGCACUUGGUCUGGGUCUUGAUGGAUUGGCAAGAUUUAGAGAUGUUGUAAUCGUUGAUCUUCAUCAUUUCCGGUCAUUUGAUCCUAAUAUGUUCUCAUUAUAUAAUUCAGGAACAGUAUUACCAACAGGAAAAUUUGUGGUAGAUAGUUAUAAAGCAAUGCUUGAUUUCAUUCUCACAGCUAAAAAAAGAAGGAUCAACCUACCAUCAGGUAAAAUGCUGAUGAAUUUUCUGCGUUUAUAA